AUGGCACUUUAUAUCCUGCUUUUAACAAUUUCUGCCCUAGCAUCUAUCGAGCUCCUCGUCAUUUUUGGAGAAAAGACUCCGGAAUCCCUUAUCUCAUACUUUCAAGCCAAUUUAGUUCAAAUGAUAGGUAAUUCCAGUAUUUUUGAAAUAAUUUUUAUUCCAGCAAACUACCAAACCAAUUUUUUAUUAUACUUCAAAGGAGAUAUUCCAGUUGUAAUUGAUGCUACUUUCGAUUUUACUUUAAGCCACCGCCUAUUAUCCAUAACAGAAGAACAAGAAAUUAUAAAUUUGUUUUUGGACUCAAACUUGAUGCCAAGUGGUGCUUUUCAAUAUUAUUUACAUGUACCUUGACAAAGUCAAUUAAUUGUAACACAGCAAUUUUUAAAUUAUUUAGGUUGAAAUGAAAUUGCAGUCAUAGCUAGCAACACCAAAGACUCCAUAAGGUUUGCUGACAAAUUUUCUGAAAUUGCUGGCAGCAAGGCAAAGUUAGAAAUUCUGAUCACAGAUUCUUUCAACAACGAUAUUAGAUUAGAUUAUGAAUGGCAUUUUAAGUCCCUACUUCCAAGAGUGAUAUCUAUGCAGCCGUCAGGCUGCGUGGCGGUUCAAGCAAAUUGGAUAGACUUCCAUCUCUAUUAACUCUGAGUCUAGGCCGAAACCCCUGAUUUCUCGAUAGUGGCUGCCCUAUUGGGUCCGCAGACCGUCGCCGAUCACCAUCAUUUCCAACUCAGUCGCUUUGUCCAUAUUACGUCACUCCUGCCUCGUACUCCUAACCAGAUCGCCACAUUACGGGGCUCUUUCAACUGGAGAGACCGUCGUAUGAUUGCUGGAGUGUGCCUCCCCUUUCCCGAGGCCAUCCCUAGGAAAACUCAACCGCUUCCGCGAUUCGAGACAGACCACAGUAGCAGCUUGAGCAGGUAUGCCGCCCUGCUCCAUCUCGGGCGCCCACUGACUUGGGUCCUGCUGGAAAAAAGGAGUUGCAGGAAAUGCCCAUGGAUCUGGCCACAACCCGCGGGUCUGUGCUUAUGCCCAUCGCUACUGGGAUCUAUGUUGUUGCAGGGCCAUCCAAUUCCUAUAAAAAAAAUGCCCGAAUAUAUAUGGGUUACCGUCACUGGGAGAACGGGUCGGUCUCCAUACGCCAUUUUAUGUAUAUUCAGCAGCGAUAUAAUGAACGACAUUGCUGGUAGACUGUUCAAGCCGCAUGGUCUACAAACUUUUAUGAUAUUUUGUGACGGAGACUACAUUGAUCUUAUUAUUCACUCAUUGAUAAAUAAAAAAAUAUUAAAGACUGGAUCUGGAGUUUUAAUAUGGAGUAAAGGAAUAUGAGGAGGGAUCCAAAAUGGGCUUUUAUAUUUAGUUGAGGAAGGCCUUGAGAAUGUUAAAUCUUACGAAGAAUAUGAAGCACUCUCAAUUAAAUCCUUUACAAGCUCGUUUUUAGGAUACAUUGCUUCUCUAUCAAGCAAUAGGCAACCAUGCUUGACUAAUGAUUCCAUAAAGCAAUUUAUGAAAUCAUAUUGGUUAAACCAUGGGAAAUCUCCAAGUUUUUCGUUAGUAAAUAUAGUGAAUUCGUCCAAAAUUAUAGUCGGCUCAGCUAAAAAUAGCACGAUUACUGUUUCUACUGAUCCACUAUACCCAGGAGGCACAACUUCUAAGCCAACAGCUAAUAAAGUGUCGCUUUAUAUGUCCUUGACUACUUCAGGCAAUGAGCUUGAUGGGACCUUUAAUGCUUAUCAGCCUGUCCAAGUCCAAGGGAAUUUUUAUGCCCGGGACUGAAUAAAUAACAGCUCUCUUAUCCUUGAAAAUUUCAAUAUAAAAUUCGUCGAGAAUAGCUGUGGAACGAUGGUUUUUUUGCAUGAUCUUGACGCGAAAUGCUAUUCCCCUUUAAAAGAAAAAUUAGGCAUAGCCUUUCUUACCUCGGAUUAUGCAGCUAGUGCAAUAGGUCUAAUUUCUCUGUUUAGAGAAUGAAAUAUCUCUAUAGCACAUAUAGCUCCAGGCCCAACAAGUCCAUUACUUUCCAAUAAAACUGCUUAUCCAGAAUUCGUGAGAGUUUCCCCAAGUGGAAAUUAUAAUGCUGUUAUCAUCAUGAAGCUUUGUCAAAUUUUCGGAUGAAAAAAUGUAAAUGUCCUUUACGCAAAUUUAAGCUCGAAUAUCGCAAUGUAUCAGACAUUUGAAAGCGAGGCACAAAAAGCAGGCAUAAGAAUAGCAAAUAAUGAAGAAAAACGUAUGCUCCCAGGAAACUAUGAAAGAAGCCAAUUUGAUGACUAUAAAUAUGUUUUCCAAGAAAUUAGAGAUACGGCUGUAAGGAUAUUUAUUUCAUUUCAGACAGCAAAUUCAAAUUAUGAGUCAAUAGAAGGUCUCUAUGAUGUAGGACUAAGAAAGGGGAAUAUUGUUAUAGUUUUGCCUUCAAAAACUGGUGGGCAAGCUAUAAUACAGAAUUAUGAAUCUAAAUAUCUCCCAAAAUUAUUAGAAUUACUAUGUGGGUCUAUAAGUGUCAGUACCGUUGAGUAUAUAGGCGAUUUCGGUAUGAAAAUUAAAGACGCCAUGGCUGCAUACUGGGGAAAUUCUCCAAAUUUUAAAGCCACACAUGUUGAUCAGACUUUGCUUGCAGCUUACGGGCUUGAUUUUACAAUUAAUAAAGGAGAUGACUAUGAGGACUAUGCAGUUCUAAUGAAAAAUAUAAGGCUUCAAAGAUUUACUGGGGUUUCUGGGACUAUUGCAAUUGAUUCGACAUCAAAUGAUAGAAGUUUUAUGAUUUUAAGCAUUAAUAAUUUUUAUGCGACAAACAUCACAGGAGUUUAUGAUGAAAGCGUCCCAGGGUAUUAUAUUCCAACUUCAAGUGUUCCUAUCCAACUCACCCAGAAAAUCAUUUGGCCUGGUCCUUCAUACACUCUUCCUGUAGAUUCUUUAAAAAUAGACUCAGAAUGUCCAUUUGAUGAAUCCAGCUCAAGCACUUCUGUUAAAGGGAUUGCUGUUUUUACAACAAUUUGUUCUUUAUUAUCUCUAGUAUCAGUUUUAAUUGUUUUGUAUAUAAGAAAGCAUAAUUUAAUUAUGCCUUACCCGAAGUUAACGGAGGCAAAAGAGAUACAGUUUACAGAUACUGUAAUUAUGAUGACACUGAUUGUGGAGACUUUUCAGUAUAUUGAUAUAGGCCCGAAAUUUGAAUAUGAUCCUGUUACGGAGUAUUUAAGCAGCAUGUGCAAUGCUGAUAUCGCUAAUUUUUUUGAUAUUAAAAGUAAAGUAUAUUGGCUGGUUCUUAAUGUUGUAUUAGGGAUAGCUUGCUUUUGGCUUCUUAUGUGUGUGAUUGCAGUGUCAAAUAAUGAGACGCUGAUUCAACAUAUUUUUUUCCUUAAUUUAUCUUAUUCUAAAACUGUAUUCAGCUCAUAAUAUUAUGGUAAAAAAUUAUAAAACAAUAUUGUACAGAAAAAAGUUAGAUGGCUUUAUGAAUUAAAAGACUAUUUAAUGCCUUUAUUAGGAAAUAUGCUUUUCAUGCCGAUUAUAAAUACUUUGAUUACUGUUUCUAACUCUCUCGGUGGGGGAUCAAAAACCGAAUUUUUAGAAAAGCCAGAAAAAUGUAUAAUACUUUGAAAUAUGAGUAGUAGCUAUCAAUGGAUAAUUUCUUAAAUCUGAAUUUGAAAUUAUAGAUUUCAUAAAUCAAAUUGCAUGCUUGCUUCAAUUUUCAAAUUUAAAUUUCUAAAAUGAAAAUCUAAAAAUUAAAAAUUUCCUGCUCAAUGAGAGCCACAAAAAUUUUGGAGGGACGAGUAAGUGCUCAAAAUCAAUCGGUGAUGACCUUAGCCAAAGCUAUAUGGACAUCAACUGUAACGAGUUCUGCUGAAAAGGCACCCAUCUAGCAUAUGGUAUAGUUUGUACCUUCGCACUAAUGCUAUGCGUUCCAGUAUCUGUUAUAUAUCGGCCACUUUGAACUAAUCUUCAAGACGAGCGCAAUCAAAAUCUCCGACCUCAGCCAGAGUAUUUAAUUGUCAAGAGCGCAGCACAAGUCCUUUUUGUCACACUAAACAAAGUAGCUUCCCUUCAUGAUCCUAUCAGUCAAGGUUUUGUAUAUUUAUGCUCAUAAUAAUAAAAUGGCUACGUUCGGAAUUAGUUCUCUUCAAGAGCUAUUCCUCCCUUCGCUUUUCUUAUUAUAGGGUUGAAUACCCGCAUAGGUAUUUAUUUGGUCCAAGGGUAUUAGGAGACAUAUGAUUUUUUCUGCUUGACACACCUGAAAAGGGUGACCCUUAGACGAACACGUGAAGAGUCGAGUGUGGGCGAGAUCAGCGCGACCACUGCGGACCUUCUGAUCUGGCGGGUGCGUAUUCUGGAAUGAUUGCUAGGCAAGGUGGCUGCUGAUGUCCCCAGUUGGGAGUUAAAAAGGAUGGGCUUAUACAUGCCUAAAUCAUCCUGCUGAAGAGAGAUAGCACUUUGAAUACCUAAGUGACUAAGUAAGUAUAUUUGUGUUCAUUAAUCCUGUUUACCGUCUAUCUAAUCAAAAAACCGCCAUUUAAUUAUGAACGAAUGAGCAUGUGGCACGUUAUAGCCCUCUGUUGUGUAUCUUGAUCAAUGCUGCAAACAAGUCUUUCAUUUAUAGUAGAUGGAUGAGACAUUGGAUUUAUGAUAGUAAAAGUAAUCGGAUGGGGUAUUAUAAUUAGUUGUGGGGUUUUUUUGCAUGCUAAAAAAUUCCCUGCGCUAUUAAUAAGGCCGCCACCUCCUAAUAUUGCAAUGCUUUUUAGAUUUAUGCUAUCAUCCGCUGUAAACGUAGAUGAUAUUGGGAGAAAAAGUUUGCAUUUCGUAAAGGGAGGAAUUUAUAAGCUUAAAGAGCCACAAAUUAAUGUGAUUUCUCUGGAUAAAAGUGAAUUUGGGGAUGCUGUUGAGAAAGAUUCGACGUCGAAAAGAGAAAUUUUGGAGGAAAUAAGGCUUGACUAA